UAAUGCUCCUCUCAUUAUGCGCCGGUGGCGUCGGUCUCAAUUUGUGCGGAGCGUCCCACCUCCUCCUCCUGGACCCGCACUGGAACCCGCAGCUGGAGGAGCAGGCGCAGGACAGGAUAUAUCGCGUCGGACAGACCCGCCCCGUACAUGUAUAUAGAUUCAUGUGCCUGGACACAGUGGAGCAGAGCAUCCGCAAACUCCAGGAUGGCAAACUGCAAAAGGCGGCCGCUGUCCUCUCAGGCGCCCGGCACACUAGCGCAUCCAAGCUUAGUAUAGAGGACCUUAAGAUCCUGUUUAAUAUGGGGCCGCAGUAAGUUCAAUAAUAUUGAGCAAGGUAAA